CAGAAAACAGGCUUCAGUUAACACAGAAUUGUGUAGUAGAAACUGCUGACAAUUAAGUGUCUUAUUGACAGUAAAAGAAGAUAAAAGCAUGUGUUAGUGACAUCAUUGUGGCGGUGAGAGGAGAGAACAUCGGCGGCGUUGUCCGCACACCAGCUCAUAUCAGAGGACAUCCUGUGAUAACACAAACAGUUCCUUGCUGCUUGAGACUAGAUCAAGAUGUGUGCGAUCACGAUGCCUCGACUGACAGCUGUCUUCUGGGUGGUAGCAGUCCUGGGUGUCUCAGGGGCCCAGGACCUCUGCGGCAGGUGCGAGUGUCUUCCGGCAGGACCUACCCCAACCCAGGCCAUCUGCCAUGAUAACAGCCCAACCGCUGAUAAGAUAUUCUUACCGUGGACCACCGCAGAAAGCGCUUCCAUAGAACUAAUAUAUAUUUAUGGAAUGAAAACAGUGAACUUCACUGAGAAUUCGUUUACAACAGAAAGGCCGAUCACUCUAUUCAUCCAAAACUGCAGCUAUGUGAACAUCAAUGAUCACUCAAUCGAGAAGUUGAGAACUUUGCUGAUAAGAGAUGCUGAUAGAGUAGAUGUCGGCAUCUUGCCACAAGAGUAUCUGUGGACCACAGUCCUCGAAGAUAUUAAACAGCUGUCAAUCUCCUCAGCCAGCCUCUCUGCUUUGUACUCUGUCAUGAUUGGGCACAUUGGCUCUCUCAGUCUUGUACCAACUACGGGCGAUGAUCUCUGUUCUGCCAAUCCUGACUUUACGUUCACUCUACUUACUAGCCAGGUGAAUUCCGUUCCCAGUGGAGGCAUGUCGCUGUGUGGAGGUCACAUAACGAUAAACAGCAACACGUUCAAUCAUGUAGAAGAAGAAGGGUUCCAAAUAUCCACUGAGGGGAGUGUAGCCAUCGUCAACAACCUAUUCAAGAACGUGUCCAAACAAGCCUUCAACCUGACAUCUCCUGAAAUCCACAUAACGAGCAACCAUUUUGUGAACUUGCCAGCUGGAACGCUCCGUGGGGUCUCGACACUUCUAGAUUCCUUCUUCACCAACAACACCGUCUCGGACAUCGAUCUCGGAGGGGUGCUGCUGGACAUGGGCUGGGACAUGAUCAUAGAACGGAACAUCAUCGACUGUGACUGUGCCUCGAAAAGAACCAGCAUAUUGAACCCCAAGCACGACAUGCUGUAUUUGACCAACUCCUCGAUGGAAAAGCUGCAAAACAUCUUCCGCUACAACUUUUGCAACCUGAACUGCACUGUGACGUUGAAAGCGUUCAGCUACGCUCUGAGCAGAGGCGAGGUCUGCGUCACAAACAAAACAAAACUGGAACACGAAGUGCUCUGCAAUAUUUCAACUCUGCCAGAGGUGGAUUCUACUACGUUAGAUGAUAUCUUCACCACUGAAAUGACCGAUACUGAGACUGAUAAAGAUAGCUCUUUUGUGUCAGCAGCGAGCAAACCGAAGGUUCUGGUACCUUUGGGAAUAAUAGCUGCGUUGCUUAUUGUUACUAGUUCAGUGUUAUAUGGCUGUAAAGAAAUAUUCUCUUUCAGAUUCACCUUUAAGCCAGACAGGGAUAUCGGAUCAAAAAUUUCCCUCCGUUAAGCUUUUGUUUCUGGUUUCAGAAGAAAGUGAAACUGAUUGAACUUUGCAAUUACGCUUCUCGAAAGAAGUUACUUAGUUUCCGAAUUUGUAAAAUUUUUCAUACACAAGUUAUUAAAUAUUUAGUUAUUUUUUAUUAGAUUGAACAGGAAAGUCUUGUAAUCCACUGUCGAAUUGUUCAUUGAGGAAAUACUGUUAAAAAAAUCCAUGGACAACUUAAGAAUUUAAUAUAAUUUAUUGUUAAGUGGAAAGAAUUUGCCUUUAAAAUUUGUUUACAUGUCCAAGAGACCAGUAAUAAUAUAUAUUAAUUAGUGAAUCAAAGCUGAGCUUUGUAAAAUAUUACUUCAGAACCAACUAAAAUAGUUACAAUAAAAGUAUCUGUUUAGUAUUACCCAAGUAUUUAUUGAUGCUGUAGUCAGAGUUGCUAAGCGACGUAUAUGACGGCAAUUUCACUUUUUGCAAGUAAACAUAUAGGGAAAUAUAUGUUUAUCUGUGUUUGUUGCGUACUUAGUUAUAGUUAUUGUAGGAGAUGAUUAUGGAAGAGGAUAACUGAUUGUACAACUUACCUAUAUUAUAUUUUUAACAUAUUUAAACAUGAAGAAUUAAUUAAAAAAGUAGUAAUUCUUAUAAAAUCUCAUUAGAAUGUAACAGUAUAUCAAGUAAACAGUAGUCUGACACUUUUUAAAUUUAAAAGACUACAUAAAACGGUACUUCUAAGAAAAAUAAUCAUACUUUGAGUAUAGAAUAGGAACCAACAUAAAAAAGAAGUGUAUCGUAGUGUAAAUUUCAUACAUUUAAGAUUUAGUUUUUAUAUAGCCUAUAGUUUUUGUAUUUUGUAAAUAAAUGAUUGUUUUAUAA